AUGUCCCUCUCUAAGCAUGCGAAGACGUACUUACUGAAUCAAUCGAAAUAUAAGCAUCUCAAUGCGUUCAAUUCACUCGUCGAUCCGUCCUUUCUCACGCGCAGCGAUGCCACCGAAUCGAAUGUCCUUGACGAGCAGUCCGCUAGCAGCCUCAAUGACAAGCCAAUCGCGAUAAAAGACAACAUCUGCACAAAGCAUCUGAAGACUACCGCUUCUUCUGGAAUUCUUAGGGACUUUACCAGCCCAUAUGACGCGACGGUGGUGAAGCUGCUCCAAGAUGAGGGCGCAGUGGUGGUGGGCAAGACGAACAUGGACGAGUUCGGCAUGGGAUCGCAUUCAACACAUUCACAUUUCGGCCCAGUGAAGAUGCAGAGAUAUGAGAGUGAAGAAGCGAGUGCGGGAGGAAGCUCAGGUGGAAGCGCGCUUGCUGUCGCUACUUCACAAUGUUGGGCUGCAUUAGGUACCGAUACUGGAGGCUCCGUACGGCUUCCCGCUGCGUAUACUGGAGUCAUUGGGUACAAGCCAAGCUACGGACUGCUGUCGAGAUGGGGCGUUAUUGCUUAUGCCAACUCCCUGGACACUGUUGGGAUAUUCGGCAAGAACGUCGCGAGUGUAAAGAGCAUUUUCGACAAGCUCAACGUCCACGAUGCACACGACCCAACCUCCGUCCCCAAUACAACCCGCGCAAAGUUCCGUAAGGGACACCAACCAACUUCAUUGAGGAUCGGCAUUCCUCUCGACUACAACAUUGACACAUUGCACCCCGCUGUCCGAAGAGCGUGGAUCCUUCGACUCAGGCACUUGUGGGAUCAUGGUCAUACUUUGCAUCCUGUCCGACUACCGACAACACAGCAAGCGCUAUCAGCUUACUAUGUCCUCGCACCAGCCGAGGCAUCUAGCAAUCUUGCAAAGUAUGAUGGAGUGCGCUUCGGCAGUAGAGCAGAAGGCAUCGAUGGAACACCAGACAGUGUCCUCUUUGCUAAGACUCGAGGUCAAGGUUUCGGUCCUGAAGUUCAGCGACGUAUACUACUUGGGGCCUUUUCACUAAGCGCUCAGGCUAUCGACAACUACUUCAUACAAGCACAAAAGAUUCGCAGACUUGUACAACAAGACUUCAACCGGGUCUUUGCGUCGCCAAACCCGCUGUUCGAUUCCGAAGAGCCCUUGGCAAAGACAGAGGGCGUAGACGUGAUCAUAUGCCCCACGGCACCAUCAACGGCGCCCUCAUUGGCUGAAGUUGAGACCAAGGACCCGGUGUACUCCUACAUGAAUGAUGUCUUCACCGUGCCAGCUAGUCUUGCCGGACUACCAGCAAUCACUCUUCCAACAGCCGCACCCUACAACGAGGAAAAAUUGGGGAAUUCGAAAGCCACCGAGCCCUUCUUCAACACCAUAGGAUUGCAAGUAAUUGGUCAGUAUGGAGACGAUCAGCUCGUCCUCAAUACUGCCAAAACGUUAGAGAAUAUCACACGUACUCCGCAAAACCGUACCGGGCCCGAAGUGAACGCGUGGGGCAGUGGUGCUAAGUCAGAUACGUAA